AUGGCGGAGUCAGAGGGGGUGAAGCCUACGUGCACGUUUCUUUUUAAAAAAUCUAACAAGAAGUUCUCUGGAAGGAAGAGAAAAGCUAGUGAUAGUGACAAAGACAAAAGCAGCGAUGAGGAGCAGAGUGCGGUGGUGAAAAGAGACAAGAAAGCCGUCAGUAAUCCUAUGAUUCAAAGGACAAAGAAAGUUGAGAAAGAAGCUGUGUCGUCGAGCGAGAGUGAUGAAGACAAAAAGGACAAGAUCAACGUGUCAUAUAAAUCCACGCGGUCAGCAAAACCAGAGGGGCCAGAGGACAUGGGGGCCACAGCUGUGUAUCAGCUCGACACGGAGAGGGACAAAGAUGCUCAGGCUAUCUUCGAACGCAGUCAGAAGAUUCAGGAGGAAUUGUCUGGUAAAGAGGACGACAAGAUCUAUCGUGGAAUCAAUAACUACCACAAAUUCAUCAAGCCCAAAGACUCAACCAUGGGCAACGCAUCCUCUGGCAUGGUCCGAAAAGGACCCAUUAGGGCUCCAGAGCAUCUCAGAGCCACAGUGCGAUGGGAUUACCAGCCAGACAUCUGCAAAGAUUAUAAAGAGACCGGCUUCUGUGGAUUCGGAGACAGCUGUAAAUUCCUGCACGAUCGUUCGGACUACAAACAUGGAUGGCAGAUCGAAAGGGAGAUGGAUGAGGGACGGUAUGGAGCCAACGACGAUGAAAACUAUGAGGUGAGCAGCGAUGAUGAGGACUUGCCCUUCAAGUGUUUCAUCUGCAGGGAGUCGUUCAAAAACCCCAUCAUAACAAAAUGUCGACAUUAUUUCUGCGAGGCCUGCGCUCUCCAGCACUAUCGGAAAUCCAAACGCUGUUACGUCUGCAACACCCAGACAAACGGCGUCUUCAACCCGGCCAAAGAGCUGAUGGCAAAGAUGCAGAAACACCAGGCCCUCCAAGACCAGCCGCCUUCUGAUGAAGAGAACUGACGUUUGAACUUCUACCUUCCUCCUCCUCCUCCCACCGUCUCCUGUCUGUCUGUUUUUUUUUCUUUUUUUAUAUCUGCUGUAAUUCCUUGCAAAACCAUGUAUUCUAAUCUAAAACAACACGCUUUUGGAAU